GAGUCGAGCGAUGUGCCUGCCGAUGCUAGUACUGCUGGCGAUGUGGACAUGACUGACCAUGGUCAUGCAGCUCAGCUGAAUGCUGCUUCGGAGUUCGGGUCGGGCGGAAAUGCUAUCGUGCCCGAGCAGUCGGGCCCGGCGGUUGAGAAUGCUAUCGUGUCCGAGGAGUCGGGCCUGGCGGUUGAGAAUGCUAUCGUGUCCGAGGAGUCGGCCCCUACGGUUCAGACUGCUAUCGUGUCCGAGGAGCUGGGUUUAGCGGCUCAGAAUGCUAUCGUGCCCGAGGAGUCGGGCCCUGCG